AUGCAGUUUAACAAAGAACCUCCAGAAGGUAACUUUUACACAGUUAAAUGCUAUUACUGUUACUGUACUAUAUUAUGGGUUGGAUCCUACUGCUCUGCCCAGCAAAGUUGUAAGAGACCAUUUUUGUCUUCUGUGCCAAUGGUACCUGAAUCUUAUAGCCAUGUAUUGGCAGAAUUUGAAUGCCUCAAUCCAUUGCUUUCUGCCCUCAGGUUGGAUUCCAGUCGCCUGAAGUGCACAUCUCUUGCAGUAUCUCGAAAAUGGCUGGCUCUGGGUAGUUCAGGUGGAGGCCUGAACCUUAUCCAAAAAGACAGCUGGAAGCAGAGGCUGUUUCUCACUCAUAAGGAAGGUGCUAUUUCCCGUGUUGCCUUUUGUUUACAUGAUGAAGACUAUGUUGCUGUCGCUACAAGUCAAGGCCUUGUUGUUGUCUGGGAACUGAAUCAGGAACGUCGUGGGAAGCCUGAAAGAAUUUAUGUUUCUUCAGAGCACAAAGGCAGAAAAGUAACAGCUCUUUCUUGGGAUACAAAUGCUGCAACUGCGUUUGUUAUGUUUCCGGUUCAGAUUAUAACCACCGUUGACUCUUGUGUGGUUCAGCUUGAUUAUCUGGAUGGAAGAUUGCUUAUCUCUUCUCUUACUCGUUCUUACUUAUGUGAUACAGAGAGGGAGAAGUUUUGGAAAAUUGGAAACAAGGAGCGAGAUGGGGAAUACGGAGCCUGUUUUUUCCCAGCUGGAAGACGUUGUGGAAGCCAGCAGCCUUUAAUAUAUUGUGCACGACCUGGUUCGCGGAUGUGGGAGGUGAACUUUGAUGGAGAGGUGUUAAGUACGCAUCAGUUCAAAUCCCUCCUGUCAUCACCGCCUCUCCCUGUUAUUAGUCUGAGGACAGAUCCGGAGUACAAUGUUGCCUGUUGUUCCUCUCAGUCUUUGGCUUUUCCCAGGCUUCUUUAUUUGAGUCUCCCUUAUUUUUCCACUGGGACGCAUCAUCUCAUCAGGACAGACAUCGAGGAUAUUGCGGUGUACAAAAGUGAGCUCUUCUGUUUACACUCCAGUGGAAAAGUUUCUCAUCUCUCCCUUUUGACGGCGGAAAGAUGUGUGGACCGUUUGCUUAGAAGAAGCUUGUGGGGUCUUGCAGCCAAAGUCUGUUGCCUCUUUCAGAAUUCGGUGGUUUUGUGUCGGGCGAGAAAAACCCUUCCAGUAGAUAAACUAGAACAUCUGAAAUCACAGUUGGACCUUUCAACAGAAAGCCAUAUCAUCAGUCAACUUGAAGAACUGAUUUCGAAGCUUGAACCUUUAGAUUCUGCUUGCAGUAGCAGGAGGAGCAGUAUUUCUUCACAUGAAAGUUUCAAUAUACUAGAUUCUGGAAUUUAUCGCGUCGUUAGUCGAAGAGGCAGUCAAUCUGAUGAGGAUUCUUGCUCAUUACAUAGCCAAAACCUAUCAGAAGAUGAAAGACCAAAGGAAUUUCCUGCACAUCAGGAUGAAGAACAGCUGGAGCUUGACAGCGUAUCUCAUGCUUCCGUGGUGGUCGACACUGAUCGGAAUGAGACUUUUCUUCCAUUCAGUAUUCCAUUGUCAUUCCGUUCCCCAUCUCCUCUCGUCUCUCUUCAAGCUGUUAAGGACAGUGUUUCUAGUUUUGUACGUAAGACCACAGAGAAGAUAGAAAAGAUUGGUACCCUUCAUGUGAAUCCUGAUAGAGUCAGACACGACAAUAAUGAUGAAGAGCAACUGCCAGAGGUGACUGCCAAUGUAAUGACACAUCCUCAAGAAGAAGAGGUGGAGCUACAGAGCCAGCCUCAAGAAGAGAAUUAUCUUAAAGACCUCAAGGUAGCAACUAAAGAGACUCUAGCUAGACUCCAGGAUCCACUAAUUUUAUUAGAACCAUACUGUUUGAGGGAGGUUUUGCUUCACUGGAUUCCGUUCCUGGAAGAUGCGUUUGGAAUCAAGGUGCCUUCCGUUUCAGAAGAUAGCUCAUACAAGACUGAUGGAGAGUCACCCUUGCACCCCGAAGUACAGCAAAUUUUGGAAGAAAAUGUGGGAACAGAUAGUGAUCUCACAGAGGAGGAACAGAGACCUGUCUCAAGAUCCAGCAAUGGAAAUGAUUCUGUAAAUAGCAAACAGGGAGGCACUCUGGAUGGAAAUACCAAGGAAGGGUCAAGUAGUGUCAAUCAGACUGCUACAAUGCUUUACCAAAAGAAUGAUAGACGAGAGGGGGCCUUCAGCCAGCCCUUCCAGAUUGUUUCUCCGUGUUUCAUAGAACAAGACAUGAAAAAGGAUCUGGUAGAGCUGACAACUUUAUGUUUUGAAUUAAAGGUAUAUGAGCAUCUGCAAGUAAAUCAGGAACAAUCCGUGCAGCCAGAUGCUUCCUGUGCUUUGACUUGUCAAUUCAUAAAGGACUACUUUUUCCUCUUGGAUUUGGAAAGACUGAAGCAGUGUAUUAUCAUCUCUCACAGCAGUCAUCCCCAAAUUUGGGAAACCUAUAUAGAAGGACUGAAAGAAUUGACUCUGAAGAGCCCAGUCACUGUGGCACUAGAAAAUGGAGAUAUGUUCAAAACCCUGAAAUUGUUGGUUGAUCUGGGCCCCUGGGAUGCGCCUGUAUUAUUGGCAUAUGCCCAAAGGCUUUAUGAAAAAUUUGGAGAAACUUCUCUAAGGCCCCUGAUCAAGUUUUAUCCAUCCAUUUUGCCUUCAGACAUCAAGCAAAUUUGUAAAAGCAAUCCUGAGCAUUUUCUGGCAUUCUUAGACAGUUUAAUCAAAUCAGAGGCUGAAGACAAACGGUUGUCUUUCCUGAGAUCUCUUCUCCAUCCUGAAUCAUUACGAUUGGAUUGGUUAUGCUUGGCAGUUUCUCAUGAUGCACCAAAUGCAGCAAGUACCCGGGACGCCCAAGGAAAUCCAAGGCCACGGUCACAUUUAUUUACUUGGGGAUAUAACCAACUGAUUUUACUAUUGCUUAAACUCCCGGCUGACAUUAUAACAAAAGAGAAGAUGGCUGAAAUCUGCAAAAAUUAUGGCUUCUGGCCUGGAUAUCUUUCUCUCUGUUUGGACCUGAAUAGAAGAGCUGAAACCCUUACUAAUAUUGUGUAUUUAGAUGACAUGAACUUGUUGGAUGGAGAACAUGGGGCUGUGCCAGAGACCAUGGAAGAAUGGAGGUUUCUUCUCAGUCUUGUAAAGAGUCACCACAGCAGUGUCCUUCAUCCUGCUAUGCAGAAUGGCAGUGCUGUUAGUAAUGGUACUCCAAAUUGGUCAAAUUGUGUUACUGUUGAGAAUGUGGCUCUUCUGUUGGCUAAAAUAAUUGGCCCAGAUCGUGCUGUGCUGCUAUUGCAGGAAUGUGGCCUAAUGACCGAGUUAUCUGAAAAAUUUGCCAAAGUCUGUGAGAUACUAAGAAUUGCUGAAAAAAGGCAAAGAGCCCUGAUUCAGUCCAUGCUGGAAAGAUGUGAUCGAUUUUUGUGGUCUCAACAAGCAUAACAAAGGAUAAUGAUUGUUAUAAGACACAUCCAUUGUCAGACCUGUACCAGUUUACAGAAAAGUCUUCCUCUCUGGAAAAUGGUGCAUUAGUCAGUUUGAACAAAAAUUGGUGGUAAUGAAGCUUCUUUUUAUAUUAAUGUUCAAGUCUUAGUAUGUUGGAGUUCUAUAACUGAAUAUGUAUUUGAGGAUGUGUUUUGUCAGUUACUUACUAAAAGUGCCGAACUAUAUUUCUGUGAGCACCUUAGAAGUAUUUGUAUAUGUUAAAAGAGUUGCAUUAUCAGUGUUAACUUUACAUAUAAUCACUAUAAGUAUAUUCUGGCAAUAUCAAAAGCAUGACAGGUUCUGUACAGUUACUAGCAGAUGACCAUUCAGUUUGUAAGAAGGUGCACAUAAAUGAUUUUACCUGUAUAAUUAGACAGUGUCCUUUAUGAGUUAAAUCAAAAACUCUUGUAAGGUAUGGCUACUAAAGGGAUGUAACACCUUCCAAAUCUACAUAAAAGCUGCAGUACUGAAUUAUUGGUAAGUUAAAGUGAUAAUCAACAGAGCUUAGAUGCUGUUAGCUAAAUGUUACUGACAAUUGACUUUGGUA